GACGUAAAAUUUUCCCACCAGAAAACCAAAACAUUACUGUAGGAUUUUAUUUAUUUAUUAUUUGCAUUUAUUUACUCACAAUAUAUUAGCGUCUCAAAUACGCCACAUCCAAAUUUCUUCUAGUAAGCCAGCCGGAAAUGAUGAGUUUUUUCAUCAAAGGACAAGAGUCAGUAGCAAACGCGUCGCUGCGCGUUCAUGUAGAACCAGUGACCCUUCAAACCUCGUGUCUGGCUGCUCUAGUAUAGCUGCGGAGUGUUGACUUAAGUCUGUAUUUUACCGUUAGCUGUGUUACUUUACUGCUGCUAAAUGUUUCAUUUUGUUGCCUUAUUAUAUGGGUAUAAACAAGGGAGUCGGCAAAAAAACAGCGCGUCAGGAUCAGAGAAUGUGUGCAGUGUGUGGUAAUGGCCAGCUAUGGCCCUCUUUAGUGCUGGACAGAGCAUGACAGAGAGAGGACACCAUGAAGAAAUACCUGUCCAAAUAUGUACCUUUCUUCUCGCUUUUGGGACUGGCAGGACUUGCAUUGGUUCUAUGGAAUAUCACUAUGCUGGAAAGCUGGAACUGUCAGACAGUUUCUACUUACCUUCAGCUCCAAAACAGCAUACAGUCUGUCCUGAAGAUCUCUGAAAUGUUUCCUGUGGAAUUUAACUACUCCUACUGUUCCCACCUUGGCCAGGAGCCCACUGAAGAGGAGGCCAAAGAGGAGAGAUAUCUUCUCAAAUCCAUCUCCUGGUCAGAGCCACCGGUUCUCGGACUGCCGUUGCGUCAAAGUAGUGAUCCUGCACAAAGCUAUUAUAUAAUUCAAGACUCAGGGGAGCUGCAGGUUGGUGGGCAGCUGGUAGUAAAUGUACAGAUUAACAACUUUUUGGGUCAACCAAAAAAGCAUGGAGGGGACUUCCUAGUCGCACGACUUCAUACACCAGAACUGGGAGCAGGUGUGGUAGGACGGGUACUAGACCACAGAAAUGGAAACUAUUCUCUAUUUUUUCCACUGCUUUGGCCUGGUGCUGUUCAGGUGGAUGUGACCAUGGUACAUCCCAGCGAAGCUGUCAUGGUCCUCAAGCGACUGCGAGAGGAGCAAUCAGACCGUGUCUUCUUCAAGAGCCUCUUCCGCUCACGGUAUCUCUCUGAGACCACUUUGUGCAAUUUGUGUCUGCCGGGCAAAAAGCAGCCGCUUUGCAACUACACAGACCCUUAUACCGGAGAACCUUGGUACUGUUAUAAGCCCAAAUUGUUGGACUGUGACACAAGGAUCAAUCAUGCAAAAGGGGGAUAUAAAAAAAACCUUCUUACAUCAUAUGAGAAAAAAUUCUUCCAAAGUGCAGUAAAUAUAAAAAUUCCAAUACAUGCCACAGGGAUGGACAAUGUGACUGUUCUUCCUGCUUCUAAAGGACAAAACACAUGGAAAAACCUUGAAUUUUCUGGGUUUUACUAUCGAGGGUCAUGGAGGCCUUUGACUGGUGUUGUCAUGCGUCAGUUUAAUGACUCUUCAGCUAUAACUCAGUGUCUUAAAGGGAAGAUGUUGUACAUGUAUGGAGACUCCACUGUACGACAGUGGUAUGAGUAUCUUGUUGCCCAGGUUCCAGAGUUUAAGGAAUUAAACUUUUACAGCCCCAAAAAUGUUGGGCCAUUCAUGGCAGUGGAUAGCAACCACAGCAUCAUGUUGAGGUACCGCUGUCACGGCCCACCAAUCCGCUUCACUACCGUUUCCUCAGCUGAGCUGCACUACAUCUCUAAUGAACUGGAUGGUUUGCGAGGGGGCUCCGACACAGUGGUUAUGAUUAGCAUCUGGUCACAUUUCAGCACUUUCCCGGUGCAGGUCUACAUACGCCGCCUGCGGCACAUCCGCCGAGCAGUGAUUCGGCUGCUAAAUCGUGAACCAGCAACUUUAGUGCUGAUUCGCACAGCCAACCUUCAGAAACUUGACCCAGAGUCUAGCUUGUACAACAGCGAUUGGUUCUCCCAACAGCUUGAUUCGGUACUUCGGAUCAUGUUUAAAGGUCUGAAUGUCCAGCUGGUGGAUGCAUGGGAGAUGACACUUGCCCAUCACCAACCUCAUCAGCUACAUCCCUCACCUGCCAUCAUAUCAAACAUGAUUCAGUUCAUCUUAUCACACAUCUGCCCGGUUAGGAGAAAGAGAAAGAGGGAUUCCUAUUGGGCUAGAUAAAGCCACAUUUGAAGGCAAUAAGUAUGUCAACAGGAAAUGCAUUCAGAAGUCUGCUGAAUGGUCAACAGAUAUCUGCAGAAUUGCAUGCCUUUCAUUCACAAGUUCAACACAUCCUUCCUGCAUUUGUUCAAGACAUUUCACCAUGUUUAAUCUGUUCUUCAGAUUUCCAAAGCCAGCUUAGAAAAUGUGAAAAACUUAGCAAGCAAUGAACUGUAAAGUAUAAGUAAAUUUUUGUAUGUAAAAAGUUAGGCAUUCAUGAGAAAAAAGAAGUAUUAAAAUACAACAAGGAGAUCGCCGGUGCAACACAGAUGUCUGUAUAAAAUUUUAAUAAAGAUGCACAACAGUGACUGUGA